AGAUUGGUUGCAGAAGGCUGACAGAAAAAGUGCACAGAUGACCGGUCCGGAAUGAAAUCCUUUCUCAUGUACUGCACACAUGAAAGCUCUGGCACACGAAGCCAGGCAGGAGAUGGCAUGUUAGGGAGUGGAACAUACCAUUAGUGCAACUAGAAGAGGGGAACACAUCAGCAGGAGCUUGGAAAAUGCACCAAUGAGUUCGCCCGGCACAAAUGUAUGCGGGACUCCGAGCAGGGGAAAGGAGGAGAAACCAUACGAUACGACCAGCCUCAGUGUUUUUCCUAAAAGUGUUUAAAAACACACGUGAGCAGCAGCUUUCCCCCGGUUCUCUCUAACAUAUGUCUAAACACACCCGUGAACUGCAUGUGUUCGGUUCCUGCUGGACUAUCAAAGAUGUGGCAGUGAAGUUUGCAGCAGCUCCAGUAUCUGUUCCUUACUUCAGUGACCGAAUACCGAGAGUGCUGGGGAGUUGCAGUGAGUGUUAUGACACAUCCAGAGCUGUCCUGCCUCUUGCAAGUGCGUGAUGAAGAGGAUUUGCGUGUUACUGUAGUGCACUACAGCCCAAUGCUCUGACUUGUAAUUUGAAAGAACCCUGGGGUGCCUGGGAAAAACCUCUUACAGCCGACUUGGCGUGAUGAGCAAGUUCACCUUUCAGAACAACAAAGUGAUGCAGGACCGCCGGAGUGUUUGUGUCUUCCUUCCAAAUGAUGAAGCUCUCAACAUUAUUGUGAAUGUUAAAGCCUUGUGCCAAGAAUUAUUCGUUCAAGUCUGCGACCUUCUAAGGCUGAAAGACUGUCAUCUCUUUGGACUCAGUGUCAUACAAAACAAUGAACAUGUUUAUAUGGAACUGAUGCAGAAGCUCUGCAAGUAUUGUCCAAAAGAAUGGAAGAAAGAAGUAAGCAAAGGCAUUGACCAGUUUGGUCCACCUAUGAUUGUUCAUUUCAGGGUACAAUACUACGUGGAGAAUGGGCGAUUAAUUGGUGAUAGAGCAGCUAGAUACUAUUACUACUGGCACUUGCGGAAACAAGUUCUCCAAUCCCAGUGCAUGCUACAUGAGGAAGCCUACUUUCUACUUGCUGCCUAUGCUUUACAAGCAGACCUUGGCAACUACAAAAGGCACAAACACUAUGGGAAAUACUUUGAGCCAGAAGCUUACUUUCCUCCUUGGGUGGUUACCAAGCGAGGAAAGGAAUACAUUUUGAAACACAUUCCAAAUAUGCACAAGGACCAGUACGCACUUACAGCCUCAGAAGCACAUCUCAAAUACAUCAAGGAGGCUGUCCAGUUAGAUGAUGUGGCCGUUCAUUAUUACAGGCUUUAUAAGGAUAAAAGGGAAAUUGAUGCUUCACUGAUGUUGGGCUUGACUCUUCAAGGACUUCAGAUAUUUCAGGUUGUGGGAGAAUCUAAGCAAUUGUUGUAUGAUUUUCCUUGGACCAAUGUUGGCAAGCUUGUGUUUGUGGGAAAGAAGUUUGAGAUUCUGCCAGAUGGCCUCCCUUCAGCUAGAAAACUUAUUUACUACACUGGCUGUCCUAUGCGCUCAAGGCACCUACUCCAGCUACUCAGUAACAGCCAUCGUCUCUAUAUGAACCUGCAGCCAGUCCUGCGACAAGUCAGGAAACUGGAAGAGAAUGAAGGUAUGAGUAGCAUCUGCACAGUCUUGUCAGCCAAGAUGUCAGCCCCAAAAGGGUCUUCUCCUCCACUGCUGGGAAAGAAGCCACAGUUCCAUCAGAGCAUGGACCGGCGAGGCUCCUCCUUGUCCCCUGCACCCACUGCGAUACUGGGUGGCAAUGUGAGCUAG